AUGACGAGGGACGAUGUCCAAGUAGAAGAAGGUCAAGGCGUAGAAGACGAACGAGACGAUGACGACGGCGGCGGCGCGACGACCAACAAGAAGAAGAAGAACAAGGGGAAGAACAAGGGGAAGGUGAAAGUGAGCGAGGAGAGCGAGGAGACCUCCGCCGCUUCGCAGCCGCAGCAGCCGCCGCCGCCGCAGCAUCAGCCCCAGAACACAACACGAUAUCCCUCGAGUGGAAAGAGAGACAUUCGUGUCGAGAAACGGCCAAAUCCAAUGGUGCUCGGUGCCCCUGUGACAACAAUCGGGCGUCGGAGGGAAGCGGCAGCGGCAAAUAGUAACAGGGCAGUUGCUGAGGUGCCGGAGGACAUGAGGGCGUUGAAAUACGGAGCCCGAGGCGACGGCGACGACGACGACGACGACCACCGCCACUACGCCGACGACCACGAAAACCACGAAAACCACGAAGACCGUGACCGCGGCGGCGGCGGCGGCCGCUGGAAAGCGAUGGACUCCACAGACCUGAGAGCCUACGUAGGGCUGCUCAUCCUAGCCGGCGUGUACAGGUCCCGAGGCGAAGCGGCCUCUAGUCUCUGGGACGCCGAGAGCGGAAGGACCAUUUUCCGCGCAACCAUGCCGCUCAAAGUCUUUCACGCUUACUCGAGACUCCUUCGCUUCGACGACCGUCAGACCAGAGCCGAGAGACGCGCAGCAGGCGGCGGUGACAAACUUGCGGCCGUGAGAGAGGUCUGGGACAAGUGGGUCGAGAGGCUGCCGCUCCUCUACAACCCCGGGCCCGACGUGACGGUGGACGAGCAACUGGUCCCUUUCAGAGGCCGAUGUCCUUUCCGCCAGUAUAUCCCAAGCAAGCCGGCCAAAUACGGCAUCAAGACAUGGGUGGCCUGCGACUCCAAAUCCAGCUACGCCUGGAAGAUGCAGGUCUACACCGGCAAGGCCACAUGCGGAGGCCCCGAGAAGAACCAGGGGAUGAGGGUCGUGCUCGAUUUGACGCAGGGACUCAGGGGUCACAACGUCACCUGCGACAAUUUCUUCACCUCAUACGAGCUCGCGCGCCAGCUCCUGACCAGGAACGUCACCGUGGUCGGCACAGUCAGAAAGAACAAGCCAGAGCUCCCGCAGGCGCUGCUCGCCUCAAAGGACAGGCUCCUCUUCUCCUCCAAGUUCGCCUUCACGUCCACCACCGCUCUAGUGUCCUACCUGGCAAAGAAAAACAAGAACGUCUUACUCCUGAGCACGCUGCACACCGAGGCUCACGUUAGCGCGUCGCCAGGACAAGAAGCCGGCCAUCGUCCUAGACUACAACAGCAACAAGGGAGAGCUCAACCCCACUUGGAUGCCUGGCAAGCGAAACAAGAGGAGGGUGUUCCUCGAGCAGCUGGGAAAGGCACUAGUGACUCCGUUCAUACAAAGAAGGGCCCGUCUCCCUCUGCACCGAAGCCUCUGCGGCGCUCGUCAAAGCUGUUCAGAGGGCUACGUAUCGUGAUCAGCCCCGGCGAGAUCACGCCCCGCAGCACCGGACCACGCAGCACCACCGGCCCAAGCACCCAACCCCGCACAACCCAGUAA